AUGUAUGUGAAAUGGUUUGAUACAGUAAUGUUUUACUAUGUGAUUUUAGUGUAUUUAGUGAAUGUCACUUUUUGUCAUUUUCAAAUUUCCCGCUGUUCCGUCCCCGUACGUCCCGACGCUCGCAGGGGACGGAACCCAGAUGACAGAUGCCGGCAUCCGCCGGAGGACAUUACAGGUGACACUGCAGGAGGGACAUCGCGGGAGUGCAGGACAAGGUAAGUGAUUGAGGGAUCCCGAAGCAGCGCUGCAUGGUAAGCCCGAGUGUAGCUCGGGGUUACCGCUUGUGCUACACUCGGGAAUACCACCAGGGAGGCUAC